CAACCUUUUUACUGUUUCUCAUCAAACAAAUCUUGCCUCUUGCAAAAAUUUCUUCGAAUCCUCCCAAACCUCUUGCAAAAAAAAAGUUCGCAUCUUUGAGAAGAAGACAAUGGCUCGUACGAAGCAAACCGCAAGAAAGUCCACCGGAGGAAAAGCUCCCAGGAAGCAGCUCGCCACAAAGGCUGCAAGAAAGUCUGCACCGACCACCGGAGGAGUGAAGAAGCCUCACCGUUACCGUCCAGGAACCGUGGCUCUUCGUGAGAUUAGAAAGUACCAGAAGAGUACGGAGUUGCUGAUCCGUAAACUCCCGUUCCAGCGUCUUGUUCGCGAGAUUGCUCAGGACUUUAAGACGGAUCUGAGGUUUCAGAGCCACGCGGUUUUAGCUCUUCAGGAGGCGGCGGAGGCUUAUCUUGUGGGUCUGUUCGAGGACACCAAUCUCUGUGCCAUUCACGCUAAGAGGGUUACCAUCAUGCCCAAGGAUAUUCAAUUGGCCAGAAGGAUUCGUGGAGAACGUGCUUAAGAUGUAGUUUUCCCCUAUUCAGUUUAGAUUAUGAUUAGUUUAUCUUUGGCUUUUCCCUUUGGUUUUUCUUUUUUUCAAAGUACAUGUUAGAUCAAAACAAUGAUAUAAUCUUUUAAUUAUUAAUGAAGCUUCUUUGUUUAUCAA